GCGCGUCACGAGACCGCGUCAAAAUAGCUACGCUCUAAUUGGUCAGGAGUGUUCCGGGGAUUCGGGAUUGCAGCCAGCUGCAUAACCACCUACGACUUGCAACGUUGAUUUCGUGAGGUUGUAUCGUCUGCGUUGCACCCUCCCGGGCUUACUGUUUCAGUUAUAAUAUCUAUUUUUUUCCAUUUGUGUCCAGGAUGUCCUCUCCCGCUGCUGUUCCGAUUACCCCGAGCCUUCAUACAGGAGAGUCUUAUCAGGAGAAAGCUUGGAGAAAAUUCAGGGAGCAACCGUUAGUCCCUAUUGGUACCCUUGUAACAUGUGGUGCACUGAUCAUGGCUACCGUCAAAAUGAGACGGGGUGACUCCCAAUCUCUGAAUAAUUGGUUACGUGUUCGUGUCAUUGCUCAAGGUGCAACUAUCGCCGCUGUUUGUGCAGGAACCUACGCACUGGGUUCGACUGCCGGUGAAGAAACAAAACAGACGAGACAACUCGACGAGAUACAAGCGCAUAGGGAAGCUCGUGCUGGCAGGGAUCGAAAGGAAUUUGAGGACCGACUGAAAGCUGCGGAGAGACAGUGGAAAGAGACUGAAGGUGUUUUGUCAGGGAGGGACUCGAAUACGAAUGUUGCCAAGGGUGACUCGGCCUCGAAAGCGCAGCCUUCCAUUCAAGGCCAGAUGCCUCAGAGUGCUUCGUCACGGUCUGGCGCAAGCUGGUGGUGGUUUAAGUGGCCGUGGGGCGGAUCCUCGGCUUCCUGAAGUACUUCACGAAGCAACCAGAAACCUUUAUAAUACAACAAUCUGAGCUACAUAUCACUUUCUUCUACAAAUGCGUAAUAAUACAGUCGUCAGCAAAUCAGAACAACCUCUCAUUAAAGCAAGAAAAC